AGUUUGACCUUAAUCUUCGUUACAUGGGUGUAAGUGAAAAAUGCGUUGUCUGUCUCUUCGCGUGUUGUCUUACAUCCUCUGCCCGAAGCCUGCCAAGCAUUUAACUUUGGUUCCAGGAAUUCUCCGAACCAAAACAUGGAAGACUUACAUUGCUAAGCGGUGUUUGCAUUAUUCAUCCCCGUGUCUUACUCGCCUUGCAGAGGUGGGGAAGCUGGUCUCCCCAAAAAUACAAGGUCAAUACGAAACAGGGCAGCUGUUCCUACAUCGUGUGUUCGGAUACCGAGGGGUGAUUUUGUUUCCGUGGAUUGCUAGGGUGUAUGACAGAGAUUUACCGAAUCAAAACAAAGAUGCAUCCAGUCGCGAUGUGAAAGGCUGUACACAUGCUUAUUAUCAAGUUCUCAUAGACUCCAGGGAUUGUCCCUACAUUAGAGCGCAAACUGAGGCUGUGACAUUUCUGGGCAAUCAGGAGAACUCAAGAUCUUUGUAUGCUAUCCCUGGUCUGGACUAUGUGGCACAUGAGGAUAUUCUUCCUUACAACUCAACAGAAGGCCCAUCAGUAGCACUCAGCCAUGAGUUGUUUGAUAAGUUUCUGAGCUAUGAUCCUGUUAAAGAACCACCGUAUAUUGCUCGAGAUACAUUGCGAGCAUGGCAAGAGAAGAAUCACCCCUGGCUAGAGCUGAGCGACGUGCACAAGGAGACCACAGAGAACGUGCGUGUGACCGUGACUCCAUUCUACAUGGGUUGUCGCGAGUCUCAAAAUUCAACUGUGUUCUGGUGGCGCUACUGCAUCAGGCUUGAGAACCUGGGUGAGCUUGCUGUUCAGCUCCGGGAACGCCAUUGGCGUAUCUUCAGUCUGUCAGGCACACUGGAAACUGUUCGUGGACGUGGUGUCGUGGGCCAGGAGCCACUGCUUUCCAAGACCCAGCCGGCAUUUCAGUACAGCUCUCACGUGAGCCUCCAGGCCCCCAGUGGCCACAUGUGGGGUACUUUCAGGAUGGAGCGAGAAGACGGGUAUACGUUUGAUUGCAGGAUCCCACCAUUUUCACUCGAAAGCAAGCAGGAUUCCCAAGGGAACACACCUAGUUGAUCCAAAAUCCAUUUACUCGUUUUCUGUGCGUGUGUGUCUGAAUGUGCGUGUGUGUGUGCAGAAAUUAAAGUAAGCUUUUCAUCAUCAA